AUGGCUUCCUCCACCUCCCUCCCCAUCUCACGGUCCCUCAUCGCCAGCUCCGGCGCCCGUAGUCCCACCCCCAACUCUUCCCCCUCUGCCUUCUCCCUUCCCGCGUCCUUCAACGGCUUAAAACUCUCCCCACUCCUCUCCGCCUCCCGCCUCCGGGCUGCCCUCCCCUGCCGCCGGCCCCGCCCCUCCUCUGCUAUUCGGGCUGCAGCCGUAGAGACACUCGGGGCAGCCGUCGCUGACACCGCCCUGGUGGAGAAGUCGAUCAACACGAUCAGGUUCCUUGCCAUAGACGCGGUGGAGAAGGCCAACUCCGGCCACCCAGGGCUGCCCAUGGGGUGCGCCCCGAUGGGCCACAUACUGUACGAUGAGGUGAUGAGGUACAACCCCAAGAACCCUUACUGGUUCAACCGGGAUCGCUUCGUCUUGUCCGCCGGUCAUGGCUGCAUGCUCCAGUAUGCUCUGUCGCAUCUCGCCGGGUACGACAGCGUCAAGGAAGAAGACUUGAAGCAAUUCCGCCAGUGGGGGAGCAAAACUCCAGGACACCCCGAGAACUUCGAGACCCCUGGAGUUGAAGUUACCACGGGUCCUCUGGGCCAGGGAGUUGCCAAUGCCGUUGGUUUGGCCCUUGCUGAGAAGCACUUGGCUGCUCGCUUCAACAAACCUGACAACGAAAUUGUUGAUCACUACACCUAUGUGGUCCUCGGAGAUGGUUGUCAAAUGGAGGGCAUUGCCAAUGAGGCUUGUUCACUUGCUGGGCACUGGGGGCUUGGGAAGCUUAUUGCUUUCUAUGAUGACAAUCACAUCUCAAUCGAUGGUGACACAGAAAUUGCAUUUACCGAGAGUGUGGAUACACGUUUCGAAGGGCUCGGGUGGCAUGUUAUCUGGGUGAAAAAUGGGAAUACGGGCUAUGAUGAUAUUCGUGCUGCCAUCAAGGAAGCAAAGGCAGUCAAGGAUAAACCCACUCUUAUUAAGAUAACUACAACCAUUGGUUUUGGUUCACCAAACAAGGCUAACAGCUAUAGUGUACAUGGUAGUGCACUUGGUGCCAAAGAAGUUGAUGCUACCAGGAAGAACCUCGGAUGGCCCUAUGAGCCCUUCCAUGUACCCGAGGAUGUUAAGAAACACUGGAGUCGCCACAUUCCUGAUGGUGCGGCUUACGAAGCUGAAUGGAAUGCGAAGUUUGCUGAAUACGAGAAGAAAUACAAGGAGGAAGCUGGUGAACUUAAAUCGAUUAUUAAUGGUGAACUGCCUGCUGGUUGGGAGAAAGCACUUCCAACGUACACUCCAGAGAGCCCUGCUGAUGCUACGAGGAAUCUUUCCCAGCAAAACCUUAAUGCACUUGCAAAGGUUAUUCCUGGCCUCCUUGGUGGUAGUGCAGAUCUUGCAUCCUCCAACAUGACCCUCCUCAAGAUGUUUGGUGACUUCCAGAAGGACACCCCUGAGGAGCGAAAUGUUAGGUUUGGUGUUCGUGAGCAUGGUAUGGGAGCAAUUUGCAACGGUAUCGCCCUCCACAGUCCAGGCCUCAUCCCCUACUGUGCAACUUUCUUUGUCUUCACUGAUUACAUGAGAGCUGCGAUGCGUAUUUCAGCCCUGUGCGAAGCGGGAGUCAUCUAUGUUAUGACACACGACUCAAUUGGGCUCGGUGAAGAUGGGCCCACCCACCAGCCCAUUGAGCACCUUGCAAGCUUCCGAGCCAUGCCCAACAUCCUGAUGCUUCGUCCGGCUGAUGGCAAUGAGACUGCUGGGGCUUAUAAAGUUGCAGUCGUCGACAGGAAGAGGCCCUCCGUGCUUGCCCUCUCAAGGCAGAAGCUACCCCAGCUCCCUGGAACAUCAAUUGAGGGGGUUGAGAAGGGCGGUUACAUAAUCUCCGACAACUCCUCCGGUAACAAGCCUGACGUGAUCCUGAUUGGGACGGGUUCUGAGCUCGAGAUCGCUGCAAAAGCUGGGGACGAGCUGAGGAAGGAAGGGAAGGCUGUGAGGGUGGUGUCAUUCGUGUCCUGGGAGCUCUUUGAUGAGCAGACGGAAGAGUACAAGGAGAGCGUCCUUCCCAAAGCAGUGACUGCUAGGGUUAGCAUUGAGGCAGGUUCCACUUUUGGGUGGCAGAAGAUUGUCGGGAGCCAAGGGAAGGCUAUCGGUAUUGACCGGUUCGGGGCAAGCGCUCCAGCUGGGAAGAUAUACAAGGAGUUCGGGAUCACUGCUGAGGCAGUCAUAGCAGCGGUCAAGGAACUCAUCUAGAGCUUGGAGUUGUACUCAUGAAAGGAACCGUUAUCUGGGGUUUCAGUUUUCAGUUGGGAUGAUUUAGGAAUGGUUCGACCCAGUGCAGGAUGAUGCUGCCCCCAAGCGAAUCAUUAAGAUGAAGAGAAGUUAUUAGGUCGAGGCAAGACUAGUUCGGGAGAGAAGACGGGAGAAGAGAGGAUACUUAUUUUGUCGCUGGAUGAAUUUGUUUUUACAUUACAAGCACAUGAUUUUUAAAUCAUAUAAGCAGUGGGUGCUAGUUCGAUUCUCACCGGUGGGAUAUUUCACGUCUCACUGUUUCUACUCUCUAUGUAUCCUGUUAGGUCUGUAGGCUCUCCUUAUUUUUCUAAAUUCCGAUUUUCCCGUGCCUGAGGUAGGGAUUUUAAGGUUUAUGCUUCAUGUGCCGUGCCCGUCUUGUGCAUGAACAUGGUUUGUGUUUUGCCCGUUUUGUAUCAUAUGCAUGACCAUGGUUUUUGUU